CCAUACUGUGACAUGGGUAAAACCGGACUCUACAGCCUCCUCUACUUCAUCCUCCACUCACCUUUUAUCAUCUGUGCACAUGCCGCAUUUACCGAGGUCCCUAAAGAUGUGAGCGUGGGGGAGGGUGAGGACGUGGAGAUGCCCUGCGCCUUCAAGGCUGUCAGCGCGGCACCGAUGGCUCUGGAGAUCCAGUGGUGGUACCUGAAGGAGGAGCAGCCGGAGGAACUGCCUGAAGAGCUGCAGAUCAGUUCACCGGCCAGCAGAGCCAAGAUUGUUCCAAGGGAGGCCACGAAAAUAAGUACGGUGCGCGUCCAGGGUAAUGCCAUCUCGCACCGCCUCAGUCUGUCCAAAGUGAAGAAGGAGGACGAAGGGAUCUACGAGUGCCGCGUGUCUGACCUGUGGGCCGACGAGACUCAGGAAUUUACCGUGCACGCCACGCUCCGAGUCACCCGCGCAGACGCCAUGGUGGCAGAGGAGGCCGUGUCCCACAUCCAGAACCGCUGGCCCCUCCGGAAUACCAACGCGGGGCUGGGAGCAGGGGGAGGAGUAAGCGGAGGUGGAGCGGGCAGGGCCACAUCGGAACCUAGCCCGGGAGGACCUGGAGGGCAGAGGGCAGGAGGGGCCAGGGGCAAAGGGCCACAACAGGCGCAACCGGGCCUCCUGCCCUCCAUCUCCUCCACCACUGCCUCCGCAGGGGUGAAGUCGGCCGCUGCCUCUCCUCUGCCAGGUUCUGCAGCACUCUGGCAGCAGCUCGGAGUCGGCUGCAGCAUCCUGAGCUCAGUGGACCCCCUGCUGUGCAUCGCCCUCCUGCUCCUGCAUAACCUGCUCCCGUUCCUGUUGGCCCACUGA